AGCCAGUAUGACGACUGUUUCUCCCACCACUACUAGUGCUCAAAUGAGUAUGACAACGAGCACUGUCAUGACAUCGCCGCACACCAUCACCUCAGCCACAAUGGCUCCAAAUGUUCAGAGCCUCCGUGAUUCAGUCGCGCGUUUGGGUUUGUCGCCAGAAAUAAGAAGACUUAUGGAGUAUGCCGAGAAGAUAGAUCACCAGUAUUCUGGAGGGGGGUGGGAGUUGCAACAAAGCCAAUGUAGGGCCGAGAUUGGUGAUGGGUAUCAAUUGACCCACCAUCAACAAUCGCACAUCGUGUCCCCACAUGGAAAAACCCCUGUAGCCGAGACCUCACAAUCACAUCACACAAAUGAUAGAGUGAGGCCCACACCCGCCCCUAGAAGCCAGUCAAGCCGAAGUAGCAGGAAUGAAGACAGUGUAACUCAACAAAGAGUGCCACGAAAUGGAGAGCCAGUGAGAAAAGAGACUGAAAGAAGUGUGUGUAGUAGAGGGGGAAGAAAAAGUGAUCAUGUUAGGAAAUUGGGUAACAUUAGAGAAGAAGGGCAGAGAAAAGGGGAGAGAGAAACCAGACUGAAUAGAGGAAAAGAGUACGAGAGCAGUGAAGGUAGUAGUAAUAGCGAGAGAGUUAGUGGUGGGGAUAAAAUUAGUGUUAGUGAUAGAGUGUGUAGAGAGUGUCAAAGAGAGAAUAAGAGGGUCGACAGACCGAAGAGAGGUCAGUGGGAGAGCCGGAGAUCAAUCUUAGAUGACUCUACGAGUGAGUCAGAAUCUGAGAGUGAUCUGAGUCAAUGCCAGAGAAGUGGGGGGAAAAACAAAGAAAUUAAGUCCGGCCGAAGGUCCAAAGUGAUUAAAACACUAAAGGACUGGGACUUAAAAUUCUUUGGUGAUGACGACAGUGCCGAAGAAUUCUUGGAGCGCUUGGAAGACUGUAAGGCUUGGUCGGAAUUUUCUGAUCAAGAAAUAUUGCAAGCACUGCCAAUCAUGUUGCAGAAAAGUGACAGUAGUUGGUUGAGAUGUCUCCGCCAAGAGAUAAGGUCGUGGAAAUCAUUCAAGAGGGCGUUCAAAAAUGAAUAUCUGGUGACAGUAGACGACGACGACGUGAUUGAUGAGCUGAGGGCCAGGACACAAGGGAAAGGAGAGAAAAUAUCUCCAUACUUGACCUGCUUCAGGUUAAUCUUAGGACACAUGAAGCGCCCCCUUGACAAGAAACAACAAGCCAAAAUCGCCUACAAAGGACUUACGCCGGAAUAUAGACGACAAUUGGACCACUUAUAUUUUGAUUCUCUCAGCCAGAUGGAGAAAAUUCUACGGAACUUCGAAAAAGCCAAAGACCUAGACGAGAGGUACACCCCCCCUCCACCUAAAGAGAAGAUGCGUUUUCCUGCAGCAGCCGUGAAGGAAAGCCGAUUCAAGAAAACGGUGAGAUCAGAAGCAGCGACGUCGGAGGAGGAGUCGGAGUCGAGUGGUAGUGACCACUCAACUAAGGAGAGCAAAGAGACGAACGAGGCCAGGAUAAAAGAGAAGCCAGACAGUGUAUGUGUAGACGCUAUGACACUUAUGAAAACAGCCCAAAAAUCAGCGGAGCAGAGUCAGGUAGUCAGUUCACCCCGACCACAAAUCUGGCCAGGACCUAUGCAAAUUGCAUACCCAGCCAUGUACGCAGGAAUUGUGUCAGGAGGAGCCAAACCAGUUGGUUUGCCAAAUGUAGAACAAAAUGGUUCACAAACGGCAACAAAGCAAUUAAUGGGAGUUUGUUUUCAGUGUCAGUCUAUAGGACAUCGGGCCAGAGAUUGUCCCAGGAGGAUCUGUUUUCAAUGUCAGCAACAGGGACAUUAUGCCAAACAAUGCCCCCUGAGGCAAGCCCAAGUGGAGUCAUGCCUAGUGUGCAAAACACCAGGAGUAAACUUCCUGAGAUGCCAGAAUUGUGUAGAAAUACGGAGAAUCUUGGAGAGCGGGGCCUGGAGGACAUAGAGA